CGACACGCCAGAUGGGAUCUACACCUGCGCCCAUCGUCGUUUCUCUCUCGCCGACGUUCUCGUUCGGGUUUUCGCGAGUGGCAGGCACCCAUCAUCGUCGGUCAGCUCCCUGUCCCAGAAGAAGCUCCAGCUUGGAGCACGCGUGGAGGCUCGUCAUCGUCAUCGUCAUCGUCUUUUCUUUGCUCUGCCUCUGAGAGGUUUUUUGGCACUGUGGAAUGAGUGGAGGCCAAAAGGGCGGAUGUCCAUAACUGAAUCUAUAAGACUGGUCUAGGCAAGAAAAAGUAAACUUGGUUGAGGUUCAUAUAGCGUGGUAAGACAAUAUUGCUCUACCACAUGGCUUCAGGAAACAUUCGUCUAUUUGAUGUGCGGAGAUCAUCAAAUUACUGCUGUUCGAGGCUUUCUGUAGUUGUGUUUGUUGCUUUCAGUUUACUUGCAAUUUGGAUUCUCCUGCCAUCAUCUUCCACAUUUCCAGUUGAAAAUCCGGACUUGGUAUAUAAAGGGAAUGAUAGUUUGGGACACAGAGUAACUAAUGGAAGAUCGGGGAAUACUCAGAUUCAAAGCCAGGAUGUUCUAAAUGAUGAAAAAAGAACAGUUGAAAAGGGUUCGGAAGAUGAAAGUGAGCAAACCAAGGUUGAUUCUGCUAAUACAGUGGAGACUGACCUGGAAGAGAAAAUAUCAGAAGAGAGCACUCCUGGGAAGACUUCCUCAAUGAAAACAUCUGACAAAUCUGAUAUGACUUCUGAAUUUGACAAUGAAACCGAGGAUAGACAGAAGAAUAACUAUCACAAGAGCAAUGAGAGUAGAGAGGAACCAAAUACGGGAUUGAGCAAUACUGAUGGAGGUCAAAAGGAUGGAGAACAAACAAUGGCUGAUGAAGGAUCUGAUUUGGAUGAAAAGUUCAAUAGAUCAAAAGGAAAUGAUUCUGACAUGGAUGAUAGUGCUGAAAAAGUGAACGCUGAAGAUAGCUCAGAUGAUGUUCAGCAGGACAAUAAAGAGGUUGAUCAGGAUAACGAGAGGGUCCAGCAAGAUCAAGACAAUAAUUCUGAACAACCUGCUGCUAACAAUAACCUAGAAAUCCAGGAAACAUUUCAGGAAUCUAAUAAUCAGUCAGAAAAUUUAACUCAAACAACUGCUCCAAACAGCACUUGGUCAACUCAAGUGGAGUCCCAAAAUGAGAAGCUGUCACAGCAAGAUUCGAAGGAAGAAAAUGACUACACCUGGAAAGUUUGUAACACUACGCCUGGGCCAGACUACAUCCCUUGCCUCGACAAUAUUUAUGCUGUUAGAAGGCUUCCUAGUACAAUGCAUUUUGAACAUCGAGAGAGGCACUGCCCUGAAAAUGCUCCUACGUGUCUUGUUCCUCUACCUGCGGGAUACAGGAAGCCAAUUCAAUGGCCUAUAAGCAGGGAUAAGAUAUGGUUCCACAAUGUUCCACAUACCGAGCUUGCUGUAGUCAAGGGACAUCAGAAUUGGGUUAAAGUUUCCGGUGAAUAUCUUACAUUUCCUGGUGGUGGAACUCAAUUUGUUCGGGGUGCUCCCCACUAUAUUGAUAUGAUUCAAAAUACUAAUUGUCAAAAUGUGAAGGCAAAUCUUGCUAUUGCAUGGGGGAAGAGAACCCGGGUGAUAUUAGAUGUCGGAUGUGGUGUAGCCAGUUUCGGAGGUUAUUUAUUUGAAAGGGAUGUUCUUACAAUGUCUUUUGCUCCCAAAGAUGUGCAUGAAGCUCAAGUUCAAUUUGCACUUGAACGUGGUAUUCCAGCCAUACUUGGAGUUAUGGGUACCAAGAGGCUACCAUUUCCCAGUGGUGUUUUUGAUGUUAUCCACUGUGCCCGCUGUAGAGUCCCUUGGCAUGUUGAAGGUGGCAAACUUCUCUUGGAGCUCAACCGUGUCCUUCGACCAGGUGGUUACUUUGUUUGGUCUGCUACUCCAAUUUAUCGCAGGGACCCGGAAGACGUUGGCAUUUGGAAAGAAAUGUCCAAACUGACUAUGGCUAUGUGCUGGGAUCUUGUCGUGAUUAGAAAGGACAAACUGAAUAAUGUGGCUGUUGCAAUGUACAGAAAACCAACAUCUAAUGAGUGCUACGAAAAGAGACCACGAAAUGAGCCUCCACUCUGUGAUAAAUUCGACAAUCCCAACUCAGCUUGGAAUGUGUCGCUGCAAGCCUGCAUGCACAAAGUGCCUGUAGACAUGUCGGAGCGUGGGUCCAAAUGGCCUGAGAAAUGGCCAGUACGUUUAGAAAAACCACCAUACUGGCUGAAUGAAGUCGGAGUAUAUGGCAAACCGGGCCAAGAAGAUUUUACUGCUGACUAUGAGCACUGGAAAGAUGUUGUCUCCCACACGUAUUUGAAUGGUAUUGGUGUCAGGUGGUCUUCUAUCAGGAACGUUAUGGAUAUGAAAGCUGUAUAUGGAGGGUUUGCUGCUGUCCUCAAAGACUUGAAAGUGUGGGUGAUGAAUGUAAUACCAAUUGAAUCUCCUGACACACUUCCUAUAAUCUAUGAGCGCGGUUUAUUUGGCAUGUACCAUGACUGGUGUGAAUCAUUCAACACCUACCCAAGAUCUUAUGAUCUUCUCCACGCAGAUAAUCUCUUCUCCAGUCUCAAAAAGAGGUGCAAUUUGAUGCCAGUUUUUGCCGAAGUUGAUCGGAUUCUGAGGCCAGAAGGAAUUCUGAUUGUCAGGGAUGAUGUGGUGACUAUAGCUGAGCUUGAGAGUAUUGCUAAAUCUCUGCAAUGGGAUGUCAGAUUCACACACUCAAAGGACAAUGAGGGGUUGCUCUCUGUUCAGAAGACAUUUUGGCGUCCUUUAGAUGUGGAAACAAUUACUUCAGCAAUUGCUUGAACACACUAUUGGUAUCAGUUUAUUCAGAAGUUAGCAGCCAUUCCUCAAGCAUUUAUCUAAACAUCACACACUGAAUUCGGAUACUAUGAGAGGCAAACAAGGUGCUGCGUUUAAAUGCUCAAGCUCGAGGCUUAGUUGAUCGUGGUAAUUUCUCUGCAAGUUGUGCCGGUACAUGAGAUUUUAGGACUGCCGUUUCACAAAAUGGACCACCUUUUGCAUGCCAAUUUCAUCUCGACUGUCGUUGGAGUUGUAUCAAUUGUUAGGAAAUGGCUCCAAUUCUAUCAGCUCUUUCAGGAUUGAUUACUGUGAUUGAGAUGUCAUGGUGGGAAUGGUGGCUAGCAUUUGACAUUGAUAGGCUUUCGGUAUAUAUCAGCUACCACAGUUUUCGGUGUCCA